AUGGUGACAUUUGAGGCGCAAGCCUCUUUAUCAAUAUCAGGAGCCAAGGACAACGGGAUGCUAUUGGGACAUUUAGCCAAUAAAAUCAGGUCCCAGUUCUCAGGAGACCUGGUCCUCCUCACACCACCACAACGGAUGGACGUCGUGGACAAAGACCGCUACAUCCAGGAUUAUGUCAUCCCCUCAAUAUGCCAGAGCACAAAGGAGCUGGGUUCGAAGCGGCAGACCGGGCUCUCUGUGGGGCCCCUGUACUCUCCGGGGAGCACGGGGAGCAGCGGGGGGGAGGACUACUUUGACCAUGACAUGGAGCAGCCCGACAGCCCCCACUCGAGCGUCACCACCGACUCGGAUAGCAGCAUCUACUACCCAGUGGACGCUUUCCUCAUCUCCGACGGCCGCUCUCAAACAAGGGCCAACCACAGGCACCAACACAAGGAAGGUGAGGAGAGAGAUAGCAGUACAGAAGAAAGCUCCACAGGAGCCACAGUGGCUAAGGCUGCCAAAGGGAAGUCCGGGAAAUCCAAGGGAUCGGGCCGCCACACGUGUGGCGAAUGUGGCAAGACCUACGCCACCUCAUCCAACCUGAGCCGCCACAAGCAGACGCACCGCAGCCUGGACGGCCAGCAGGCCAGGACGUGCCCCACGUGCCACAAGGCCUAUGUGUCCAUGCCGGCGCUGGCCAUGCACAUGCUCACCCACGACCUGCGGCACGAGUGCAGCGUGUGCAGCAAGGUGUUCAGCCGGCCGUGGCUGCUGCAGGGUCACAUGCGCUCGCACACGGGCGAAAAACCAUUUGCCUGUGCCCAUUGCGGGAAAGCGUUUGCGGACCGCUCCAACCUGCGUGCCCACAUGCAGACGCACUCAGCCUUCAAGCACUAUGAGUGCAAGCACUGCGGCAAGAGCUUUGUACUCAAGUCCUACCUGAACAAGCACUACGAGUCGGCCUGCUUCAAGGGCUCUGGAGACGAAGAGGAUUGCUGCUCUGAGGACUGAUCAGGGAUCAGUUUAUUUUCUAUUUCAGCUUAUUUAUCCAGGUCGGUUUCACUGAGAUAACAUCUUCUUACAAGAGAGACCAGGGUUGUGUUCAUUAGGGCAUAUAACAGAAAAUAUUUUAAAAUGCUUCGUAACUGAAAGCGAAAAUGAGGGUUUCUUAUUGGACAAAUCCAGGUAGUCCCUCUCCUUGUUUCAGUCCGAUUUCUUCCAUUCGGUGCCUAAUAAACAUAACCCUUGUCAAAGAGAGCACUCCUCAACACUCGUCUUCCUCUUCCUGCCUUUUGGUAGAGAGCAAUAAUAAUGGCAUUGAGGGUUGUUCAAGAACAUAGAAGAUAACUGAUGAUGAGGACUGAAU